AGUUCAUGGGUUACAGGCUCAAAAAUGUGGGCUGAUGCUGACGGCUAACGACGACGAGGAGGAGGAGGAAGAAGAUGGAGCAGUAGAAAAUCAAACUCAGAGCUGAAUCACAAUUUUUGCUUGAAAGAAAUGCAGCAAUUCCACGCUCAGAGGAAGAAGGAGCCGUUUCUAGCUUCAGUUGGUCGCUGCACAAUUUCCUGUAUCUUGGCACUUCUGACUCAGUAUGCACUCUCCCUCGUCCCUCGGUUCUUCUCUGCUUCCUUUCUUCUCAUUCAACUUGCUCUCUCAGUUGUAGUGCUCUUGUUAGUUGUGGGUUUUGGGAAAUGGUGCAGGAAGCUUCUUGGGGUCUCUGCUUCAGCUCCAGCUUUUGUUUUCUUCAAUAUUCUCUUCGUUUGGGUUGUUUAUUUCGUAAUCGUUCGACAAGCCAUUCCAUAUUUCAUUGAUGCUGUGUUCAAUGGAGAGGUUGCCAUGCUCUUCAUUGGUGUAUGUAGUAUCCUAUCAAGUGAUCCUGGUUUGGUAACUCAUGGGUCUUCCCAUUCAGACAAGCUCGAUGAAAUUAAAGCUUUUGAAGUUGAAGUUCAAAAUGAGAGUUCCUCACUGUUGAAGAGGGUUAGAUAUUGUAAGAGCUGUGAGGCAUAUGUAAAGGGGUUUGACCACCAUUGUCCUGCUUUUGGGAAUUGUAUAGGGCAGAAUAAUCAUGUCCUUUUCAUGGUUCUUCUACUUGGGUUUCUUACUACUGAAGCUUCUUACGUGAUGUGUUCAUUUCAGUUUGCCAGAGAUUCCAAGAUCUUAGGUGGAAAUAGGUUUGAGAUUGGUCUGGCUGGAAGUUUGGUUAUCAGUACAAUGUUAUUCACUCUUCUCCAAGUACUAUGGCAGGGGGGGUUUAUGGCAUGGCAUAUAUAUUGUAUAUGCUUUAACAUCAGGACUGAUGAGUGGAUAAACUGGAGGAAAUACCCAGAGUUUCAAGUCAUUAUUCAGUCCCAGCCAGACAGAAGCUUCACUGAGAUGAGGUUUACAAAUCCAUAUGAUAAGGGCAUUGUUCAAAAUGUGAAGGAGUUCUUUACAGUGAGAGACUGAUGGUACUAAUGCAUAUUUUGCUUGCUGUGCAAACAAUGAAUGGAUGUUCAUUUUCUCGUGUUGCAUUACCUUCCAAGUCGUGAAGGUACGUGCAUCCAUAUAUCCAAGUUUUUUCUAUAGGGCCUGUUGGAGUGAACUGAUAUUUUAUGUAAAAACGAUCCAAGAUAAACCACAUCAAUUCAUAUAACUUCCCUUUUGAUCUAAUAAUCCCAUUUCUGCUGGAAGUUGACCAUCUAUUGUCUACCCCCUUAUUUCAAGAUAGAAUUAUGCACCCCUUAGAAUCGCUUGUAGCAAACUUUAGUAGAAUUUCUUGUUUUCUGCACGAUGUCCAAAGGAAGGUUCAAGGUUUUUUGUCUUCUUUCGGACACCUUAACUGAAGUACAGGGUGGCAAUUUCUUCAAUUAGCAAGCGUGCUGCUCUGCUUUGAGCCGGUAGCCAUUCCCUGCUUCUCCAUCUCAAGCUGGAGCUGGCUUGUGUUGUGUAUAUGAAUGUCUGGAAAUAUGUAAUAUGCCAUAUUUUAGAUAUUUAUAAUUUACCUGUAUGCCAUGAAAAUUAAGUAGUGGAUAUUGUAAAACUGCAGCUGAAGUAUGGUUUUUGACAAAACGAUAGAACAUUUGUGAUCGCUUAAUCCUUUUGCUAAA